AUGGCACCGAACAAAUCCAAAUGGUGGCAAGCGCCCGACGAGGCCGAUCUAGACUACGGAUUCGAUUCUGACGACUUGGAUGCUAGAUUCGAAUCUGAGCGGAAUCUCCACCGCCCUCGGCCACCCACGAACGCAACGAACGAUACACGGGCACGAGAACAAGAACAAGAACAAGAGAUUCAGGACAGGGGUGUAUUUGGAAACAUGUCUUCCUGGCUUCAUCGUCAGGCUGGGUCGCCUAACUCGCAGCUCACCACUACCGCUGUCUUGUCUGGUGCUGCGGUUGCGACUGCGAUUUUUGGCUACCAGGCUUAUAAAAGGAAAGAGGCCGUUUAUGACCUGAAGGCUUCAAUCCCAGCUGCUGAUGAGCAGCAUCCGUCGGGGAAGCUCACUGACUUUGGUGCCGCGGAAAAUGACAUUCCGCUGAGCAAAGAGGAUGAGCGCAGUGCUGCUCUAGCUCGUAGAGCGCAAAGGGGAGAUUAUGAUGAUGAUCUGAUUCUCGAACAACUAGCCCGAAACCGGGUCUUCCUCACCGAUGACGGCCUCGCAAAACUUCGAUCCUCAUUCAUUGUUGUUGUCGGCUGUGGUGGUGUUGGAUCUCAUGCUGCGGCGGCGCUCGCUCGCUCCGGCGUUGCGAAGAUCCGGCUUAUCGAUUUCGACCAAGUCACUCUCUCCUCCCUCAACCGACACGCGCUUGCCACACUAGCUGAUGUCGGAACACCCAAGGUGCACUGUAUUCGGCGGCGAUUGGAGCAGAUCGCUCCCUGGGUGAGGUUUGACUGCCGGAACGAGCUGUUCGGCAAGGACUCCGCCGACAAUCUUCUCGGUCCGUGGAGUUUGACACACGAGGGCGAGGGUCGUCGGCCUGACUACGUGCUGGAUUGUAUUGAUAACAUUACAUCCAAGGUGGAUUUGCUACACUACUGCCACUCAAACUCGCUGCCCGUCAUUUCGUCCAUGGGUGCUGGCUGCAAGUCUGAUCCGACUCGUGUUGUUGUGGGCGACAUCUCCCAAAGCACUGAUGACCCGCUUUCUCGGAGUACCCGUCGUCGACUUAAGGCGAAGGGUGUGAGUACGGGUAUUGCUACUGUAUUUUCGACUGAGAAGCCUGGGCCUGGCAAAGCGACUCUACUGCCGCUCCCCGAGGAAGAAUUUGCCAAGGGCCAAGUGGGUGAGCUGGGAGUUCUUGCGGACUUCCGAGUCCGCAUUUUACCGGUCCUCGGCACGAUGCCUGCUGUUUUCGGAUACACAGUGGCCAAUCAUGUCAUCUGCAGUGUGACAAACUACCCAAUGGAUUAUAGCAUGUCGAACAAGGGCCGCGAUAAGAUGUACGACACUGCUCUGGGUAAUCUCCAGGCCUGCUCAGAGAGGCUGAAUAAGCAAAUUGCUGGUGAAGACCCCAUUAGUCUGCGUAUUCCUGUCAGUAAGGAUGACAUUGCAUUCCUGACGGAGGAGGUCUGGCGCGGCAAGAGUGGCAUCUCCGGCCUGCAGAACCGGCUGGUGUUUGUUCCCUGGGAGACUCCCGCUCGUGGAUGGGGAAUCGUUACGACCUGGCAACAAGAUGGCCAAAAGCUCCUGCCACUUGAGCUGACAAAUCUAGUGUGUAUGACCAAGGAAGAGGCUGCCUACCAUGAGCGUGAGGUUCUGCGUGGUGGCAAGAAGGUGGAGGAAGUGUACGACGAGCUAGUGUUGCAACGGGUGAACCUGCGCCGAAAGGAAGCCGAAGAAUAUGAAAACACCCGGUUUUCCCGGACCUCUCGACCCUUAGUCGAAUCCGCCCGGAAUGGCUGGCAAUCCCACUCCAACAUCCCCUAUCACUCCCUCUCUCCCGAAAAUGACAAAAACCCCCGCUGGUUACAGAUGGCCCAAUCCGUCAUCGCCGCCCCGAGAUUCCGCCGCUAUGCCGUCGUUUACGUGGCCCUCUUCAUCCUGAGCUGGUGCGGAUGGAUUUUCUUUCUAUACCCGCGUCUUCAGGAGCGCAGUGAUUUGCUACAUUCGUUGGAUCCUGCUUCAAAGACGGAGUCUGGGGGUUGGUUCGGGUCAAACUCCUUGCCACAGUUUGAUGAUUUGAUUCAGGUCCGCACCUUAGAUCCGGAUUUAAUCCCUAUGGCUCCGUUGGAGGGGGUGGAUUCAACUGAGUGGGAGCAGAAGCGGUUGGUUGUAGUGGGUGAUGUGCAUGGGUGUAAAGAGGAAUUGGUUCAACUUCUCGAUAAAGUUUCGUUUUCCGAGGAGGACGGCGAUCAUUUGAUCUUUACGGGCGAUCUGAUCAACAAAGGGCCUGAUAGCGCUGGUGUCGUUGAUUUGGCACGCCAACACUCCGCCUCGUGUGUGCGCGGGAAUCAUGAGGAUCGGGUUCUUCUUCUCCGCCAUGAUAUCAUGUCAUCCGGCGCUAUGACGGAGGCGGAGGAAGUACAGAGCCAGAUUUAUUCGAGUAGGGAGCUCAAGGAGCGCGCACUUGCUCGCGCAUUGACCGAUGAGCAAGCGCAAUGGCUGGAAGAUUGUCCGGUUAUUCUGGACGUAGGAUUUGUUCAGGGCAUUGGUCAGUUGGUCGUCGUCCAUGGUGGUCUUGUUCCCGGUGUGGACUACGAAAAACAAGAUCCAUCCAGUGUGAUGACUAUGCGUACUAUUGAUUUGGAUACCCAUGUGCCAAGUCCAUCGCAUGAUGGCUUGAAUUGGGCCAAGAUGUUCGACAAGCACCAGUCCAUUCUACAUACGAGUCUCAAGCAAUCCAAUGCGGAUCCUCAUUCUCAAACCACUACGGUUAUAUACGGACACGAUGCCAAGAGGUCUCUCAACAUCCGCACUUAUACCAAGGGUCUUGAUACUGGAUGUUAUAAGGGCGGUAAAUUGACUGCACUGGUCAUCGAAGGUGGUGGCAAGCAAGAGCUUGUUCAAGUUAAGUGCCACACCAAUUACUCAAAGGACGAGUGA